AUGAUAACUUUGCCUGAGGCUUCACUUUUAGCGUUGUUCCUAGAGACUUUGUUCUACGGCGUGUUCUUCACUUUUUACUGCUUGGCCCUGGUCAUACUGCUUAAGAAACGUGGUAUUCAACGGGACCUCCUUCUCCCGGUAGCAACCUUGCUGCUCUGCAUUGCAACGGGUCAUCUAAUCAUCAAUUUCGUUCGAGCACUAGAGGCGUUCGUAUUCAAAGUGGAUACAAUCGGCGCAGAUGCCUACUACUCCAACCUCGCUUCACCGUUAGGACUCGCAAAAACCGCACUUUACGUUACGCAGCCCACUGUCGCUGAUAGUGUCCUUAUUUGGCGAUGUUAUAUGCUCAACAAUAGAAGCCUCUUGGUCGGCAUUCCUGGUUGUAUUGUGCUGUUGGCCAAUGGAGCGAUUGGGUAUUACAUUGUCUGGUCCCUUUCUCAAGCCAUCGCAGGGUCGACUGCUCUCACCACCAUUCCUGGGUUAAUCAUAACUUUCUAUACAUUGACCAUGCUUAUCAGUAUCGUUUGCACUACUUUAAUUUCCUGGCGCAUCUGGCGCAGUCGCCAGUCCAUCCCAGGCGGCCCCGUUGAUCUUUUACCCGUGCUGAUCGUCAUCAUUGAAGGCGGCGCUAUAUAUGCUACCAGUGUUCUUGCACUCCUUCUGGCAUUCUUGACAGGAUCAAAGGGCGAAUACCCCGCGAUGGAUAUUGCCUCUCCUGUUGUGGGAAUCGUAUUCUGCCUCAUCAUCCUGCAAGUCCACUUUCAUGUAGGUAACAACCCCCAACCCGACAGCCCACCAAAGCCCUUUACCAUUCUCUUUGGAGAGCGAGGAGAGCAGAAUGUGAGCCAUAGCAUGGAACCGAUGAUUGAAGAGACGGAGGUCAUUCAGUUGACGUGA